AUGUUGAACAUGGAGUGCGAUCGCUACGUAUCGCCUUCUGACCGGGCGGUUGUCGGUAAUUAUAAGCUCCAUCCCGAGGCGAGACUGGAACUCGAAAAGCAAAUCACGCUUGGUGGUGCAUCGCAUGUCGCUCCCAGCCGGUUGAAGGCCAAAACGCGUAUUCUACGAGCAUCCGACGUCCUGCUGUCCUUGGCUGGAAGAUCUACAAGCGAUACGACAGAGCAAUCCGCGAGCCUUGAAAAUUUUCAGGAAGUUCUGCGUCUCUUCCCACCUUUUCGAGAUGACGACGGGACCACCUUUGGAGCAAUUGACGUCAAAUGUCCCGACUGCGAUGCGGUGUUUUCUUCCUCAACCGAGCUCAACAAUCACUAUCUCACGCGAUUCUGUCCCGGAGCCGCCGUCGCCGUAUAUGUGAUGACGCGAGAUCGGUUAAUUACAAAAGGCUAUCGCAUGGAGAAACGACUCGUGUCUCUAGAUUGUCGCCCCAUGCGUUUCUUCUGCAACAGCUGCGAGAGACAUUUCGCAGUCGGCGACAAUGGUGAACGAGUGGACAGGCAGCGCAGUAGGAUACCCUCCGACUACUUAUCAUUCGCGUUCUUCCCUGACAAGAUAUCUUUCGCAGACAUGCCGUCCUUCGUCACCUGCAAACAUUGCGGAGAAAAAUGCAAUAUCUCAUACGAACCCAUCUUGAACGAUCCCCGUGACGACGUAAGCUUUCGAGACGUUCAGAGAGAUAUGUCCAGUAUAUCCCACAGUCGGAGUCCCAGUCUCGCGCCGAAGAGCACCAUGGGAUCCAAAUUCCCCACAACACCUGCAUCGGGCGCUGAGCAGCCGUCUUUCGCAAGGCGUGCGAGGAAGUUGCGAGAUUCAUGGUCUCAUAGGAAGUUUUCGCAAAGUGAUGAAGAUGAAUUAAUAGCGAUCAGCUUUGCUGGGCUUUACGAUUUGGAGAAAGUACAUGCACCGAAUGGCACAUACCAGCAAUUUGAGGGCAGCGCGACUGACACAACUAACGCCUGCGACACGCCCCUCAUAGGCAGCAAAAGAGACGAAUUAAACCUUUGCGCAGAAGAUGAACACCACAGGAAUCACCUACAAGCCGAGUCACAAGGGGAUCUAAUAGCUGCGAACGGCAGCCCAGGAGACACCGCGGUAUCGCCGAAGAGACACUCGUUUCUCCGGAGGCUUUUCGGACGAAAGACUUCCAAGGGGCCAUCGCGAACACGGUCUACGUCCAAUCGAGGCAAUAAGUUAAUCAAGAGAGCAAAUACGAUACGAUUUUCUUUGGUCAAGUACGCCCGGAGUGGGAGUAGGGCAGCCACACGGGAGAGCUUAUGCACAGCAGAUGAAUCACAGCCAGUCGAGACCCCAGAGAGUAGGCAGGAUCCAAAUUCUCCGGUUGUUUCGGACGCAGAGUACAUCGCAUUGCUGCGAGGUAGCCAGAAAAUCUUCGUCCACAUGCAGUACAUCUCGGGAGGAGCCGUGGUCCAUGAUGCAUCCGGGCGUCAGCGGGUUCUUCAGAUGGACGAAGUGGCUCAGCUCUACCUCCAAUUGACGGACGAGUUGUCGGCUGCGACUAUCUGGUCUCGAACACUGACUACUCGACUACGGGCAGAGGCGGCGUUCAAUCAGGGAAACUGCAGGGCCGCGGUGGUCGAAUACCAUGACGCCUUGAAAAUGCUCGAAGCCACGCCGGCGCUGGAUGUCGAUAAGCUAUCACGGGCGGCCAUGUUGCACUCACAGGGCCAGGCUUACCGCAAUCUAGAUAUGCCCGCAGAAUCGGAAGCGUGUUACCUGGAGUCGCUAGGUCUCUACAAGCGCACCCUGGGACGAGACUGCCAGAAAAACUACGCCGUUCUUCACGACCUCGGAGCCCUCUGCGAGAGAGAUGGAUAUGCCACCGAAGCCGCCGCAUUAUACGAGCGCUCAUUCGCCGGGCGACUGAAAACUCUCGGUAACAAUGCCCCCGAAACACUGGGCAGCAUGCAGGAUCUUGCUUCGCUCAAGGCUUCGCUGGGGGACCUCGAAUCGGCGCUCCUUCUCCUCGAAAAGGCGGUCCCAGCUCUCGACACCGUUUUCGGGCUGCAAAAUGCGACGACAUUGAACGCCAUGAACCAGCUCUCCCUUCUGUAUCAGAAGCUCGGGCUAGACAAGGAGUCUCGCACGAUCUGUAGUCGGACAAUUCCUCACUGUCGGACCUUCUUCGGCAUCACGAGCCCUAUCACCCGGGACGUUGUCGUGCGCUACCUCCAGAGCUCUGACAACUUUGAUUUUCCUGCCGACAUCAAGGACGUUCUCGACCAGUACCAGAAAUCUCGCGAUCCGGAUGCCCUCCGCGUCAUCCACCGUCUAGGCCGGUCAUACAUGGACGCCGGUCUCAACCGGGACGCGGCAGACCUUUUCGAGGCCUUAGUCGAAGACUUUCUCGCAGUGAGAGGACCGGAAGCCCAGGAGACGUUCGACGCGCUCAGUGCGCUGUGCGUGUCCCGAGAACACCUCGAUUCCAUCGACAAGGCCAUUCUGGCCUACAAACAGCUCGUUCACAUGGCUGGGCGGGCACCUGAGCACCACCACUCGCGCAAGCGAAUCGCGUACGCCGAGAAGCGCAUCUCGGAACUGAACCAUCGACGAGACAUUCUGGCUGGAGAGAGAAAAGAUUGGAUGCUACAUGAGCCCGGGACCUGUGAGAACUGCGAAUGCACCACAACGAUCCUCUGCAACACCUGCAAGAUCUUCCGCUUCUGCAACGAAUCCUGCCACCAACUCGGCAAAGCCGCCCAUUUUCCCUACUGCAUCCCCUCCGUCUCACUGCGCGAAUCCAAAUCCCUCGCCGUGAAGCCGAUAUGUCCGACCUCCGCGCGCGACCAAGCCCUCUCCAAGAUUCGCCGCUUCAACGGCAACAGCGACAGUCACAAGUCCGUGGCCAUCACCGCCAACUACACCUUCUACCUGGACACACGCAACUUCACGACCUUCCGCAUGCGCCUCAACACCACUUCCAACACCGUCAUCCUCUUUUCCCUCGACUGCGACAUCCAAUACACCACUAUCGACAACCCCCCGCUCGACCUCUCCACCAGCACCAACACCAACACCAACACGAGCACCUCCUCCCCUCUCUCCUCUUCCAUCACCACCUCCUCCGCAACCGACAUGAAAGGCGUACACUGGCUGUCGCCCGAUCGCCAGGAAGCCAUCUGCUACGAGCCCGGUGACGCAUCGGCCACGCAGUCCCGGUACGUGCUCGUCACGCCGGGACGCGAGAUGCUCAAGACGCUCAUCGAUAAACGCAUCGGUGUGCGUAGCGGUGGCGGCGACGCUGAUCGCUUCAAGGGUCUCGAGUUGCCGGAUAGCGAGCUGAUGGAGUAUGCUCAAGGUUUGCUGUUGGAUGGGUACCUUGGGCACGCGUUUAUGUAUGUUCUUGAGUGGGUGUGGAAGUGA